AUGGAUGCGGUCCACGCCAUCGUCGAGAGCUCCCUCCUGCCUCUGUGGGCAUGGAUCCGCGCGACACCGAUCCAUCUUCUCGUCGUUUCCGCCCUCGGUACCGUGUCCACGGGACUCUUGCUUCUCUUCUUCACUCUCCACCUCGUCGCCCCGAAACCUCGCCCCGUUCUCCCCUCGGAGAAGACGUACAUCACAUCGAGCCCGACCGAACCUAUUGCUACGGGACCCAGACAGCUGCCGUGCUGGUACGACCGCUGGCUGGCCGAGCGACACGCGAGCGAGAAGCAGACAGACCCGGACAGCAGCACCAGCAACGCUCCGGUCGGCGGCGACAUCGAGCCUGCGGAGCUGCGCCUCAGCGUCGUCUUCCCGGCCUACAACGAGGAGGAGCGCAUCAUACCGACCCUCGAAGAGGCAGUCGCCUACCUGGACGAGCACAUCGGCCGACCGACCGACAAGACGGCAGCAGCAGCAGAAGCAGCAGCAGCAGCAGCAGCGACAGAAGCCAAGAAACAACAAAAGAACAAGAAGCAGAGACAGCACCAUCAUCACCAUGAUGGUGCCGCCUGGCAGAAUCACGUCUAUGAGGCGAGCGGCUACGAGAUCAUCAUCGUCAACGACGGGAGCACGGAUAACACGGUGGGCGUGGCUCUCGAUUUCGCGCGCGACAAGGGUCUGCACGACGUGCUGCGCAUCGUGACGCUCGAGACCAACCGCGGAAAGGGCGGCGGCGUGACGCACGGUCUGCGCCACGCUCGGGGCCAGUACGUCCUGUUUGCCGAUGCGGAUGGGGCGUCGCGCUUCUGCGACGUCAACAAGCUCAUCGAGGGUUGCGACGAGGUGGCCGAUGGGUCGCAUCGUGGGGUAGCCAUCGGCAGUCGUGCUCACCUCGUCGGUAGCGAUGCCGUCGUCAAGCGCUCGGCCCUGCGCAACUUCCUCAUGCGAUCCUUCCACCUGGUACUGACCAUCCUGACCCCGCCCGCCACGUCACGCAUCCGCGACACGCAGUGCGGCUUCAAGCUGUUUACGCGCGCCGCCCUCCCCCACAUCGUUCCCUACAUGCACGCCGAGGGCUGGAUCUUUGACAUCGAGAUGCUCAUGCUCGCCGAGUCGGCCCCCGCCACACCCAUCCUGGGAUCGGACGGAUCCGUCAUAGGGACCAGCCCGGGCAUCAAGGUUGUAGAGGUACCGAUCGAGUGGCAUGAGGUGGGAGGGAGCAAGCUCAACGUCGUGAGGGACAGCGUAGCCAUGGCUCUUGGUCUGGCCAUCCUGCGCGCCAGCUGGAUGAUGGGCGUCUAUAGGAGGCGUCUUACUUAG